AAGUCUAGCUACAGAUGGGUGAAGGAACAUGAAAGUGAAAAUGCAAUUUUAUUCAGUGUCAUGUUAUCUUUUUGUUUUUACUAUUUUAGAAGUUGCUGUGAAAUCGCAAAUGUCGUCAAAUUCAAACAGUCAUUCUUUCAUAUCAGAUAAUAGCGAUGUGCGAUAUUUGGUGGAUAACAUUCCAGUCACAGUGCACAAGGAGUUUACCAGCAAUCCCGGUGUUCGGGUACAAUCUGCCAAAGAAACAGCCCCGGGCUCCAAUACAAUAAUGUGCGCCAGUAGCAAUUCUCGUCUAAAAUUCGUACCACCAGCGUUGGAUUUCAAGCAGAGGCAUUUAGGAAUGCCACAUCAUGAGAGGGUGACCGUGAUAAACCUAGAUGGCAACAAGACGGUACACAUGUCAUCAAUCUCAGGCAACACCGUACAUUUCCACAGCUCAUUCUUCGACGACAAGAUCAUUCCUCCAUUGGGAAACACAUCGUUCAAUGUUGUUUUCCUGGGUCGAGAGCAUGGCGGGGUGGAACAUUUUCUGUUCAUUCACACAUCCGAGGGAACAUUCAAAUAUGAUGUGAAAGGAUCAUCGAUAGGGAGCCCAUAUCGCCUGAGACCUCUGUCUGGAGUGAGACUGCCUCUCAACGCAACCUAUUCGCCCGUCAUACUAAUGCACAAUCCUCACGACACGCCCUUACAAUUGGUUGAGGUGUACAGUAGCGGCGGGGAGUUCCACCUGGAGCUGCCGGGGGGAGAGAUGGAGGGAGCCAAACAGCUGUGGGAGAUUCCGGCCUUCCUCACCAAACCAGUCAUCAGGGUGCACUUUGAUGCACUCGCGCACAGGAAUCACACCGCCUAUAUUAGGCUGAAGAUAAACGCGAGCGAGGAAGUGCUGGUGGUUCCGGUGGAUGUGGAGGUGGGGGCAGCGGCGGGGUUGUACAGUGCCAGCGACCUCAUUGACUUUGGCAUCGGAGGCCUCCAAGAUCCGCCCACUCAGCUGCCACUCAUGCUCAGCAACUCCGGCAAGAAACCCAUUCGCAUUCAGAACAUAAUCAGCACUCCAGUGUCGAAAUCGCUGAAAAUCGACUUUGAACCGACCAAAGUGCCGCCAGAUACGAAAAAGCCCAUUCAAGUCGCGAAGCUUACUUAUGACUGGCGCCUAGGGCAGCAGCCGGGCGUGAUGUCGGGUCGAGUUGUGGUGAAAGUGAAGGGAGGGGGUAGCGGUCAGAAGCUAGUCAUUCCGUACACUGCGACAGUGUUGGCGGGUGGCCUCCAGUUCGACCCACAGGCCACCAGCUUCCGGUCAGACCUGGCAAGUGGGCCUCAGCCGUCGAGGUCCAUAGUGCUCACUAACAACUAUCAGCGACCGCUCGCCAUCACUAAUGUCACGCUAAGGCCGGACGCCAACAAACACUUUCAGUUAUCGGGCUUCAGACCAGUGAUCCUAGCGGCGGGCGAAAAAAGAGAGGUGGUGGUGCUGGGUGUCAGAUCACUCUCUCUACCUGACGACUCGGCCAUCGACUCGGCGCUACUUGUGCACAGCAACGUGUCCACGCUCACCAUUCCGCUUCUAUCCUACAACGGACGGCUAAAUGUGGUGACGGAAUUAUCAAACGAAGGUGGUCCUCGUCCACGUAUAAACCUGGGCCUGGUGGGCAUAGGCGGUCGCAAGGAGGUGACGUUCGGACUCGAGAACCGCAACCCGGUUCCUGUGCUAAUCACAUCGUGGGGAAUCUCCGACAGGCUUCCUUCCGCCGUCCUCGAACUAGUCAAUGUGCUGCCGGCUAACAGCUCAACGUCCAAGUUGAUCGCUGCAUAUCCGUCUAAUUGGCUACUGUCGCCGGGUAGCCAAGCGAUUUUCCGUAUGGAGGUGUUCGCCGAGGAGAGUACGACUGUGGGCGAGAUCGUGGGCUUCGUGAUGGUGAAUACUGAGUUUGAAGCGGUGCAGAUCGACACAAUACUCAACGUGCAGCCCGGGUCUCUGCAAGUGAUGCCGCAGCCCAUACUGUUCGAUGACUGUUUUCCGGGCAAAGUAUGCGUCCAACCACUAACGAUCCAAUCACGGUUUGGCAUGAGCAUGCGCGUGGAGAGAUUGACAGGGGGCGCAGUUGCAACGUGCAUUGACAGAGCGAACAUGGCAUCAGAUGAUAGGCUGACUUUUGUGCCCUCUUCUGAUGCACGUAUCUUGGCGCACUCAGUCAGCAAUAUUGGCCAUCUGCACUGGGACCUUUUGGCUACUGAUUUGGCUACCUCCUAUCUGGGAUUGGCUACUGAUUCGUCUGUAGGUGGAAUCAGAUGGGCGGACACAAUGUCUUUGCCUGUGCAUACGCGUGAAACGGACAUCAGUCUGCUGACAGAGCUGUAUGGACGGUACAUCAACGCCUCUGCUCGGUCGGUACACUUGGCUCUCAAGCUUGACACCACGGAGGUUCUGGGCCUCCCAGUGGCAGCACGAGUUCGCCUGUCAUGGCCGCGACUGGUGAACGCCUCUGUGGUGCAGAUACCCCUCACCCAGGUGGGCAACACCACCUAUGUGGAGCUGCGCCUGGCAAACCCGGCCACCCAGCAUGCCACCAUGGUGCAGCUGGUGCUUGAGACCGCCUACCCGAUGGUGGCCGGCAUUGUCACCAAUAUGCCCAAGCCGCUGCGGCCGGAUUGCAUAGGCGAAUGCGUUGAUCUGACGACGGCGAAAGAGCUGUUUGUGCUCUCGGACGGCCAACGCAGUCAGGUGGCCUCGUAUCUGCUGCCUCCCGCGCACAACAUCACCGUCAAGAUUGGCUUCUCGCCCACAUCCACUCAGCCCAGCUCCUCGCUGCUUCUAGUCAGAAACAACUUAACAGCGUUGGAGGCGAUACACAUAAGUGCGCAAGGGGCGUAUGCACAGUUCAAGUUUGGAAACCGCAAGCCAGGCUCCAACACGCCGCUACUUUUCGAACUCGCCGAAAAACAUCUCAAAGAUUGCGAACGAGAGAGACAUCGCAAAUCGCCAGCACCGAAUUUGACAGUGAAGCGUUCGUUCACAGCACGCAACACGGGGGCCCUUCCGCUGUCCGUUUAUGGCUUCUACAUCAGUGUGCCCUGCGAAGGGUAUGGCUUCAAGGUGCUCAACUGUCAGCCCUUUCAGCUGGCGCCUAACUCUACUAGAAAGGUGGACAUAGCGUUCACGCCCGACUUCACGCUAGCCCGCGUGCAACGCCUGCUGACGCUGUGGACGAGCGAAGGCGGGGCCUUGGAUGGGGAAGGGGCGGAGGUGGGCGGGGCCAACUACACCCUGGUGGCCACCUUGCCGCCCUACCUGCUGGCGCCGUGCGCGGGGGCACUGGCACGCCCCACCUGGGAGCCGCUGCUCUACUAUUCGGCGGUCACGUUCAUGAUUUUCCUGCUUUGCUGUGUGCUGGCCGCAGCCUACCUCGAGUCGGACCGCACGCUAAAAUGUGCGCUGAUCGCCAUGUCAAGGUCCACCGAUCCCAGUGUGCAGCCGGUGCUUGAUCUCAGGUUUGUGGCAUGGGGAGGCAACACGGGAUCUUUGGCUAGCGGCAAAGAUGGCGGAAUGACUUCCGGUCUAGCCUCUAACUCAUCGUCAUCAUGGAUGCCUAACAAUGUUUCAUCCGGUGGUUUCAGCGAUCAGGAACCACUGAUGAAAAACGACUUGGAAGUAUCGACGAAAACGUCUCCACCCGCCUGUUCACAACAAAGCAACAGUGCUAAGAAGAGACAGGAUAAAGCGAGCACGAAACGAAAUAGUGGUGGAGAAUUUGACGAGCAUAGCAAUAGCAACUCAUCUCAGACUGUCACCGAUUCACAGCGUCGUGAGUCGUGGGCUAAUGUUUUCAACAGGUCGCAUCACCUAAACCAGAACAUGACUUGCUCGUCGUCAAGAGAAACAAAGAGAGAGAGUCCUUCUCUGUCCUCAUCCAACAGCUACUCAUCCACGUCUUCGUCAUCUUCAGCUUCCUCCUCUUCUUCGUCCUUUUCUAGUCCUUCCAACACGUCCAAAUCGAAUUCGGGAGGAGGAGGUUCGAAUCAUCAGCAUCAACACACGACACCUCAGCCAAGCAACCGUUGUCCGCUGAUACCGAUUCUGCGCGCAUCCGAUCUCAACAAUCGCAAGUCAGCGAAAUCAGCGCAGGUGACGUCAUCAUCGAAGGGUGCACAGUCGCAGCAGCAGCAACAGCGCAAUCGCAACGCGGUCAAAGUGCAGCGGGAGAACAGUGCGGCAACGUCGCAGUCCAUUGAGGAUGAGAGUUCGUCGACUACUACUGAGAGCAGUCAUGAUGAUGGCGAAAAGGACUUGUGUAAGAGACGAGAUGACGACGAACGUGUUCCACCCAUUCUGUUGCAGCACACAGAGAAGUCGCGUCGUGCGACCGCCAAUCAGAAGAGCGAACCAAUCGAAGAGGAAAUCCACGCGAAGAAAGCCAACCGAUCUGCGCGCAAGACUACCAACAAGACUACUGUUAGUGUCACCGAGAAAGUGGCUAAGACUACCGAAAACGCUUUGGUGAAUGGGAAGCAGAACACCAAGGUUGCCGCCGCCGCCGUGGCAACAGGAGCAGCAACUGUGGCCAAAUCUCAGAACGGAAACAGAGGAAAAGAAAAGCCUGCCGUGUCAAAGCGUCGUACCACCGAGAAAGUCCCAUUGGCUCCCACUAAGAGCGCUCCGGAACCAGGCUCUGGCAGUGGACUGGGAGGCGUGAUUCGUGCUUCGUUCAGCGAUGUGGUGGCGCGCACAACUGUGGCCGACUCUUACUCUAGCAUAGUGGCACCGCGCAACCAAACUGCCACCACGGCAACUGCCACCUCAGCAGCGGCGGCGCCACACUUUGUCACAGUCCCAUCGGCACCCUCUGCUGUCUCGGCCUCUAUGCCCUCUGUCACCGAUGCUAGCAACCAAGGGGCACAGUCUGCGCUAGGUCCGAUUGGCCCGAAGAAACUGCGCGAUUCAGUGUGGAAGUCCCCCAGCGAAAGUCCACUCUCCGCUCCCCCCGUUUCCACAGUCAGCUCCAGUCUGUUCACCGACUCUUUCUGCGACAACAACAAUGCUGCCAACUCUAUCUGCUCUCCUCCUCAUCAGGUUCUGCAUAACUUUGACACAUCGGUUUGGGCGACGGACAACGCAUCAGUGAACAGUGCAAGUGGCAAUAGCAGUGGUACCAACCCAACCAGUCUCGUUCUCAAAGUGCUGCAGGAUGCCGAACAGCGUCAACAACAGCAACAACUCCAGCACCAACAACAACUGCCUCUAUCCUUCAAAGAAACGUGGGGCGGCGUGAACUCACUGUGGGAGCCACUCUACACGCCGGCGGCAACCGAUCCUUCGCCGCCCCUGAGCGCUGGCCCUGUGCGUCCCACUGCUGCAGCCUCCAUGUGGGGCAGCGACGUGUGGGCACCUGGCCCCCCUGGCCGCCUGUCGCCGCAGCCCCCGGUCCUGGCGCCCCCACACACGCCUUGGGCGCCGCCUGGUCUGGCACCGCCUUCGCAGCAGCCGCCUCCGCUGCAGCAGAACGCGGCCGUCGCUAACCAGUCGCUGGUGCGCGGUGGUGACAUCGAUCAGGGCCUGGACUACCAUCCAUUCCGUUCGCUGAGCAACAUAUGGUCUCCAUCGACCACCCCCCACCAUCACUCCACCAUUUGGCAGCCACCAACCUCCAACUAACUCACCCGCCCCCAACAGUAGACUCCCUCCCCCCAACAAACAGCUGAUUGGUUCGUUUAUCGUGGAGCAAAUAGAAAUUAUACAUCAAUCCAUUUUGACAACUGAAUUUAAUCUGUGUAUCAAGAUUGGAACCAGGCCUGAAUUUAAUUUCCGCAUCAAACUUGGAACUGGUUUUAUUUCAUCUUUUUAUAAAAUAACCUCUGUCGUAGUCAUAACAAUAGUUUUGUUUCGAAAAAAUGUACAAAAAUACAAUGAAACCUGGUUGUUGAAUUACAGUUUUAAUGAAAUAACAGGUCUAAUAACAGAUCUAUUGAAUUAUAGUUUUAAUGAAAUAACAGGUCUAUCAGUCGUGUGACUGUAGCAUAUUUGGAAAUCUUGUUUCAAAAUGACCAGGAAUGGUACAAGGUUCAUUUAUGGUUACAUGUGUAACCCUAGUUACACAUGUGUGGUUAAUGAUAGUUUAUACAACAGUUAAUAAUGAGGGACUUUAAAGUACGAAUGCUUUAAAGCAUGUAGUGUUGAGACACAAGCGAGCGAGCGCGUGUCUAAAACAUCUCACGAAUGCUUCAAAUACCAUACCAAAUUAUAAUACUGUUGUAUAAAUAACUUUUAGUUGCACCUAUAAAAAUAUUGUAUCUGGAAUUUUUGUUUCAAAAUGUCCAAGACUUGAAAAGAACAUAAUUUAUUCAUAACCACAAGGUUCAUAAAAUAACUUCCCAGCAGACUUUUAACGGUAAUUAGAAUUUUAGGUUUACAAGACUUAAAUAGAGCCAGUUUCAUUCUGUGACAUCAAAUUUUAUGAAAUAAUUUUCUGUGUCAAAUGAUUAUGUGAAUGCUUCCAAUCGAUUUCACUAGGAUUAUUCGUUCAUUAUUUGACUUCAGGUAAUUCCAUUGACUAUAUAAUAAACUUUGACUUUAUUUAGACGUUACUAUUAAUGGUUCUAUGUUGACUGCUCAAAAAUAGUAGUCCAAACAUGUAUCAUUUUCGAGGAUUUGACUGAGUCAUUGACUGUAACAAUAAGUUGACUUAUUUCGACGUUAUUUCAGAUUUUAAUCUUAUUCACUCACUGGAAUAAACACUCCAUAUCGUAGUUUUUCAUUGACAUUAUUUAUGGCUGACUUUGUAUUUUUACUUGGCAUUGAGUUUGGUUGGGAAUCUACUUGGGAAGGGGUUUUGGGAAAGUUACAAAAAUCUUGAUCUGGAUAAGGAAUGAAAUGAUGAAAUACAAUUGUUUGAUGAAAGACAGAAAGGAAUGAUGAACAAUUAUUUUGCAAUGGUUGGUAAUUCGAUUGAAAGUACUUAAUUGUGGUCAGUUUUAUUUGGUUCUUUUUUUACGGAGUGACAUUUUUGAAAUUUUCUAGUGUCAUUUGAACGAUUCUUCAAUUCCAAAACCAAGACUUAUUUUGUGAAUAUAACUAUUAAGAAAGGAGAAGAAGUCUUCAUACUAACGAAGAGGAAUCAUGGAAUAGAUUGAUUAUUAUUCAUGGUGGUAUAAAAUAUCUUUAGUUAUUCUGUCAAAUACGACUUAGGCCCACUUGAGUUGUUUUUUAUUUGAUUUUUGAUAAGUGAGUAAAAUGCUCUUUGAAUAAAUUCCACUGAGGAUUUGAGUAAGAAAUCUAUUUUCAAUAUGUUUAGUUAUUAUGGAAGAGUUAAUCUUGGAGAAUAGUAUGGUCUGAAAGGAGGUUCAUUUCGAAGAUUCGAGAAAAUAUUGUUAGUCCUUUGAGUAUAUUUUUAGUUUGUUAGGGAAUAAACUUGGAGAAUCGUAUGGUGUGGAAGGAUGUUUCAUUUUAAAGAUUCGAGAAAAUAUAGUUAGUCCUUUGAGUAUAUUUUUAGUUUGCUAUGGAGUAAUCUUGAAGAAUCGUAUGGUCUGAAAGGAGGUUUAAAUUUUUAAGAUUCUUGGAAACAUAUUGUUAGUCCUUUGAGUUUUUCUCACGUAUAAGGUCCAAAGGCUUGUUUUUUAUGAUUUUCCAUGUAGAUAGUUUAAGAAAAGAGAACCGUAUGUUGAAUAAUAUUUACUCAACAUGUUCCUUACAAGAUUCAUUAAUAUGUUUCUCUUUAGUGAAGUGGAACCAAUACUAGUUGUGGGGAAUAAGUAGCUUCCCUUCUUCGAGUCAAUUAGUUGUUUAGUUUUUUUUAUUUUGUAAGUCCAAUUUGUGUUCGAAGUUUAUCUUAUUUUAUUAAUUUUCAUCUAGUGUCAUUGACAACGAAUUCUGGAAUGCAGCGUCCAUGCAUUAGUUAGGUACAGUUAGAGAUAGGAAAUCAUCAAGAAAGUUUGGUCUUAACUAAUAAUUUUCAGAACUAUCACAUUUUUAAACGAUUGGGGAAAUAUUUUCGUGUUACUUCUCCAAAAAUCGUUGCAAUAUUCAACUAUUAAAUCAGAAAUAUCUCAUCUCAUUCUCAAACGAUUGGGGAAAUAUUUUCGUGUUACUUCUCCAAAAAUCGUUGCAAUAUUCAACUAUUAAAUCAGAAAUAUCUCAUCUCAUUCUCAAACGAUUGGGGAAAAAUUUUCGUGUUACUUCUCCAAAAAUAUUAGAAAUAUUCAACUAUUAAAUCGUAAUACACAUUGUUCAAGUAACUAUUAUGAGAUUCUCUACAAACUGUCAGUGUUGAUUGAAUGGAAAGCUUAGGCGUUCUUUAUGAGGAAUGAUGACAGUUUAAAGUGAAUCUCAUCCAACAUAGGAUCCAUAUAUUAAACAAUCUUCUAUCCAGAAAAAAACAAUAAACAUUUUUAGGUAAACAUUUUCACAAAAUAUCAUGUAAUAGCGUGAUUUCGAUUGGAAGCAGAUCUAGGGUUACAGCAAAUGUUUUUCUCAUAUAAUAAAGUAUAAUAUAAGUUAUGUUGAUAAAUAACUUCAUGUUACUCUCCUAUUUUAAUGUGUAUUAAUUUCAAUAUUUUUUGAAGCGUUUUCAUCAGGUUUGUGUUGAAUUUAAAUCAUUAAUUGAGAGAUAAUUUUAUUAUUUAUACUAUAAUUUUUUUACUUCCAAAUGUAAUCAACAGAAUUGAAGGAAUUGACUUUUCAAUCAUUCUGGUUUUAAGAUCAAUAUUACUUGUGAAUAUUAUUAAAAGAGUGGCAAUUUUUAUAGUAACAUCUCCUUGUAAAACAGGAGACAAUUCAAACGUAUUUUUAAAGAUUUUCGAAUAAGUUUUAAUAAUCUACAAUUGUCCUUGUUCAACUCAUGAAGUUAUUAUUAUCAACAUCAUAUCAUAACUGCUAUUAUAUUAUUUUAAUUUUAAUAUUAUUCUCAUAGAAUUCACAAUACUCGGGAUUUGAACUUGAAAAUGUUAUUCCUUCAAGUGUUUACAGGAAGAAAGCGAAAGAAAAAGGUAAAUGUUCACCAUUUGAUUAAGUUUUCCAGUAAUUUUUCUUGUAAAAUUUUAUUUUAAAUGCAUUUCUACGUUCGAAUCGUCAAGUAAUGAUCAGUUAUCCAAUCCUGUUGAAUAUUGUUGUAUAAUAUUUGAUUUUAUAUAAUAUUAUGAUGGAAAAGUGUUACAUUUAUAAUUUGAAAACAAAUCAUAUUUGCUCCAUGAUGCUUUUGAUCGGAUGAUUUUCUCUGUGUUAGUUGUUAGAACAGUACAUUUUAAUCUUCCAUAUCAGGCUACUAUCUUCACACUGAUCGAUUAAACCGAUUAGUACUUUACUAGAAGCUCAGGUUUUAUUUUCUUUUCAAUUUUUCUCAACAGAAGAAGCGUUUAAUUUAAUUGGCUGUUGCUCUUUACAUGUUUGUAGUGAUUGAUGAUUGUCAGGGUAGAGUUGACGAUUGAUUCUAUUCAAGAGGAGCGCCAAUUGAGUGUUGCUCUCUCUCUCUCUAACUGUAUCUGUUUCUCUCUUAAUCUAUGUAGCGCAAGAGGAAUACUGGCAGAUAUUCUGCCAAUUAAUGAUGGCACAACAUUACCAAAGAAUAAAUUUUGUGUGAAACAAAAA